AUGAAGUACAAGGUGAAUGCGACGAUUGGCGGGAAGAGGGCCACCCUCGGCUACUUCGCCACCGCCGAGGAGGCGGCGCUCUGCUACGCCCGCAGGAUGGCGGACAGCGGGCUUCGGCUGCGGGCGUCGGCGCUGCAGGCAGCGGCGCGCGGGGAGGCGGAGGCGGCGCUGGAGGGGGAGGCGCCGCUGCUCGUGCCGGAGGGGUUCGAGAUUGUGGCGGCCUCGCCGACGGAGGAGCAGCUCGACCCGACCAGCCCGGCCAGUGACGCGCUCGUCGAGCAGCGCAUCAUGGUCCGCUUCGAGAACUACGGCUGGUGCGUGGGCAAGAUUACGGCGAAGGUGAACGACGGCCGGCGCACGAUCGAGCGUGACCGCGUCAACUUCGUCGCCGAGUUCAACGUUGACAACGGCGCGGCGACGGACCUCUCGCUCGAGUCGUCGAUGUACGACUGCUCGCCGUCGGCAGAGUACCAGUCGUGGCUGCUGCUCGAGCCUGCGUGCGCCCUCUACCGCUUCUACCAGUUCCACACCCUGGAGACGAAAAGCUUCACCAACGGCAAGGACGACAAGCCGCUGGUGAAGCGGCUGUACGAGGCCGCCUUCGAGGAGCAGUUUGGCAAGGCGACCGUGCUGGGCUACAGCAGCCUUGGCUGGGGCGACGCGGAGGCGGCGCAGCUGUCGGAGGUCCUCGCGAGCGGGGCAGCGCCGCGGCUCGAGGAGCUCUUUCUCGGCGACAACAAGAUUGGCGACGAGGGCUGCAAGGCGCUGGCCGCCGCCCUCAAGGAGGGGGCAGCGCCGAGCUCGAAGGUGUGA